ACAAGAGGACUCCUCCUGUGACGUAUGUCAUUCCCAUCCUUUCCCAUAUCCUAUUUGACCUUUUUCUUCCGCUAAUCCAAUCUUCUUGUCAACAGUACCUUCAGUCUCUUCUUGACUGUUCUCUAAUACCUCUCUUCUAUGCCCAGGGCGGAGUACAAACCUGGCUCAUAACUACGUGACAGAUAAAAAGACCAAACCCAAAUCUAUCCAAACCCACGGGCAUACCUUCGGUCAUAAUGAGCAAAUUCAUGUUUGCCAACUCGUCUGCAAAGGUUCCGGGGGAUGGCGCCCUUCCCGCCGAAUUCACGAUAACGGCUCCUCCAUCCACGGAUAUCUGGUCCAAACCACCUGAUACUGUCAGCUUCAACGCUCCUAUUCUAUACCGGACGGUCCCGUUGAGAUCCUUCAAAAGAGCCAGGGUGUCCUUCAAUGCCAACUGGAAGCACAAGUACGACCAGGGCGGACUCAUAAUCGUCUUGAAUUGCACCGAUGGAAGUCGAAAGUGGGUAAAGACCGGAAUCGAGCUCACCCAUGGUCGACCGCACCUCAGCACUGUGACAAAGGACCGAUGGGCGGACUGGAGUCUGCUCCCUGUUCCAUCGGGUGGUCCAGCAGCGACGCUUGAGAUCAACAAAGAACCGGAUAACAGUUUGUGGAUCUAUCUGGUCGAGGGCAUUCAGAAGAAUCCUCUGAGAGAGGUCACCUGGAUAUUUGAAGAGGAUGGGGUUGAGGAAUGCUGGGUUGGCCUAUACGCCGCAAAGCCCUCGAACGAGAAGGACGACCUGGUGGUCAACUUUGGACAUUUGAUUAUUGACGUGAAUGAGUAAAUUAAAGGGACAGGUUACCUACGUGUUAUAAUAAGAUUGGAUAUAAAAUGGUCGGAUGUUACAUCUUACAUCUUGGAUAAAGCGACAUCCCAAUGCAACUGGGUGUAUCAAAUGCCUUGGUUAUCUCCAUCGAACCACCCUCGACCAACAUAAUGCCAAGAUAGAAUGUGCAUACUGCAUCAAGAAGGGUGAAAGUGCACCUGUGAUCAACUGAAGUGUAGUUCUUUUUAACUACUCUGUAGGUCAGCCACAAAGUGCUUGGUGGGUAGUACGAGAAUAACUCAGGAACCUCUAUGGCUUCCAUGUGUAAGCUAGAUAUGCUCAUCCAUACACUGUAUAUUCUGUAGUGAUUUAUU